AUGGCUUCAUCCGCCAGGAGUCAAGCAGAAGCUCAAGAGCACGAGGGUGCUCGCGAUUCGAAUCAGAAACACAAGGAACCAGAGUCCCACUACUGGAGCGGUAUCCAGCCUCGUUACAUGAGCGUGGAGCAAGAACAAGAAUCACAGUAUGAUAUCGGAGACAUGAGCAAGUCGGAGAUGCUAAACCGCAACCGACUUUUGCGUUCCAAGCCACAUGAUCCGAAUGACUACGCGGAAGGGCCUGUAGAAGGUUGA